AUGGCUCCACUACUUAGAGUACGGGGUCCUAAACUGCGAAACAGUAAGCAUGUAGUGGUCUCAAAUGAAUACAGCGUCGGUAAUGGAUCGCAGGGUAGUGUCUUGAAGGUAGUAAUACGACUACCUCCUCAUGUAUUAGAGGAAAUGGAGGGGCCGAAGUACAAAAACACCGUAGUUGAAGAUACGGACAUCGAGGACAACGGUAAUGAUGAUCUUAAUAUCACCGAUUUCAGCGAUGAUCUACUAUCUUUAGAUAUGGAACUAAACAAGAUUCUCUCCUCGACCACCACUGUUCCAGCAAACGGUGAGACUCAGCAUGGUGCAGAAGUUAAAGUUAAGCAAGAGGUAAAGAAAGAGGAGCUAGUACGGAAAGGAAGCAUCAACGAACCGGAGUACAGAACAAUACCAAAAAACCUAACCACCGUCAUUCAAAAAGAGCUUCUUAACGAUGAUGAAGAUAUAGGGAUGAUCGAGAAAAUGAUCUUCUCCUUGAAGGACCCAAUUUCGGCCACGAAGAUAUCGCUCCCAGUUAAAUCAACCAUGUGCAUGCAUUUUGAGUGUUUCGAUUUCGAAAACUUUUGCAUCUUUAGUCAUAUUCCAGAUGGAAUAAAAUAUGUCUGUAGGAAGGAUUUGGUUAGGAAGAAUUUUGAAAAGAAGAAAACAGAGAAAAGGGAACAAGAGAUCUUAGACAGGCUAAAGAAACAAGGUGAAAAGAAGAUACCUGAGAAUGAACUUUGGAGGAAACAACUCUAUGAGGUUUCUGAGAAGAUGAAGCAUCAAAGAAAGGGCACUAAAUUGUAUAAGUCUUUGAAUUCGGAGUUGCAAUUCAUUAUGAACAAGAUGGUUAUACCACAAUAUACGGCAAAUUUCAACCCAUAUGCAGCACCCCAACCACCACCAGGUCGGUUUGCACCGCCUAGCUAUCCAACGUAUAAAUGUCCCAUUUGCGAUAGAAUGUUUUCGUUGAAUCAGUUGUAUAUAAGUGAUGCUUACAAUUUUUUCGUUAAGACCACUCCACGUGAGGUCAAUAGAGUCGAACUAGUCGAUAUGGUUAAGUACAGGAUACUUGAUGAUCGGACAACUUCCAGGGGCCCACAAGACCAAGAUCAAGAAGUCAUCGUGCUAAGCGAUGAUGAGGAUGAGGAUAAUGAAGAGAAUGAUGAGAGGGAUGAGAAAGAUGAGGGUCCUGCACCAGAGCAUGACCAUGGGCUUCACCUUGCUGGCCGUAGUGAGACCAUAAAAAGCGAAUUGCAUGGAAGAAAGGAAAACGGGAACCAAGUGUAUAAUAGAAACAGUAGUGAGGAGUUAUUUGACGAUGGACUAGAUGAAGAAUUGUUAAGCCUAGGAACUAAGGGAAUAGGCAGCUGGGAGGAUCCUGUAACAAUAGAGUAG